AUGCCUCCCAAAAAAGGAACGCGUAAAUCAAUGCCAGCGCGCAUUGUUCAUACUACAUUUACUCCAUCGCGACGUUCACCACGAGUCCCCACUCCUACAAGAGCUCUAAAUGAUAACGACUAUCCUACCAAAACUAUUGAUUACUCCACCGACCCCUCCUCAGAGAACGUCGUCACAUUUCGAUAUUAUCAUCCCAAAACCCCUCCUCAGAAUAUUCCUCUAAAUAACACGUCCCCUGACGUAACUUCAACUGGCCGUCGCCCGUUCCAAGCUCGUCCAUCUCGACUAUCCAACGUUUAUACCCCGGUGGUGGAAACGCCUAACUCCUCCAGUCAAGGUAGCCGGAGAACUCGGCGUACGACUGCUCGUGAAACCCCACAAAAUCAACUAUCCGAUCCUGACGCCUCUGAAAGUAUUGGCUCAACUGGCUGGACAUACGAUCAAUACAUGGGAUCACACGACGACACAAUGGCUCCCCCAUCUCCCAGCGCUGCUUCCUCCAAGGGAACUCGAGCUUCGGCUCGCCUCCGCAAGCCAACAUCCCGGGCGAUUGAAGCCCUAGCACUGAAGAAGAAGCCCCGCAAGAGAGCAACCCCCGCAUCCGCCAAGAACGAGACGGCUGAGUCCGCGGCUCAAGCCCCCAACAAGACCACUCCAAAGUCAUCAAAGGGCAAAGGCAAAAAGACCUUGAAGAAGAACUCAACUCUUUGGAGCAUUGAUUGUGAUAUAGAAACCGCAGGACGGAAGCUGUACGAGAUCACCAUGGUUGCGCUGGGUGCCGACUUCGAGCUUCCGUCUGAUCCUGAGUGGGUAAUAGCCAACGCUCGAUUUGAAUAUUUCCAGGCCAAAGAGGGCUUGCAGCGCACUCGUGAGUUUUCGGCUGGAGACGAGAAUCAACCCAAUCUGUACGACAGCGAAACAGACACCGGAAGUAUUCGGCAAUACAAGCAGCAGUCGACACCACAGAUUGAAGAUGGCGGCUGGGCACGAGUCGGCCGCAUCAAUGACCAUGGUGAAGAGAUCUUCUUUCCCCCCAGUGACCACAGCCCAUAUUGGCCGCCUCGCACUUACAACGACGACACCUUGCCGUAUCCGCCUGUCCGUUCUCGGUCAGAAAAGCAGACUCAGAAUGAUAACUCUUUCGGCUUCCCUCCCUUGAUGGGUGAUCGCAACAUUCCUUUCGACGCCCACUCUCACUUUGUACCAGAGGAUGUCACUGAGGAACUGGCUCGAGCUCAAGCACGCGGUGAAGCGCGUCAGAAGGCACUUCCUGCUCCCAGUGAACCCAGGAAGCCUCGUUCUGCCAAGCAGCGACAGACUCAACCAGCCACUGCCGACAGUCCUGCUCUUGGACAAGAGACAAAGCCCAAGCGACGUGCAACCGCACGUGCCUCAUUGCCAGCACCCACGACUCGCAAAGCAGCACCUCCAACCAAGAAGCCCCUCGCUCGAUCCGCCAAAGCAGCCUCCAAGACUGCUCCAGCCCCUCUCCUUGCCGACACUGACGACGGAGAAGGGUCAUCACAGGACCCGCCUUUCCGACCCAUUCGUCUCGUCCUCACUGCACCCCGACCUGAAGGGAAGACCAAUGGCCACAAGGAGCCAGGGACCGAUGAGGAUGCGGUCUUGCCAAAGAUCAAAAAGGAAGGCGCAUCGCCCACCUCUGGCAAGGGGAAGAAGAGAACUGCCGAUUCCAUGAACGGGCCUGCAGGAGAGACUGCUGCCGCAAAGCGUGCUCGCCUUGCAGGUACCGACGAAUCUGGCCCGCAGAAAGGCCGAAAGCGUGCGGCAACCACAACAACAACCACGCCGCAGAAAUCGGCUGCCUCGAAGGCCAAGGACCAGAAUGAGGAUUCGUCGCGACGCAAGGCUACCCCAUCCCGGGGUCGGGGCCGAGGUCGUGGUGGUCGUGGUCGAGGCCGUGGUGGAAGCUGA